AUGACUGAGAUUUCCAAGAUAUGUCCCGAAAAAAUUUUACCUAAGAAUAUUUCACCGAAAACAGAGGUAAGUAUACCUACUGAAUCGAUUCUUUUAGACCCAAAGGGUCAUUGUUCUGCAAUAGAUUCAUCCCAAGAAAAUGAUAAAGAUUCGAAAUUACCAGAAGUUGAGGUAAAUACAUCUACUGAUUCUAUUUUUACUGAUUCAGAAAAUUUACCAAAUACCGAAGCAAGCGUACCAUCCUCAUCUCAUGUAAAUAUAUCUAACAAAUGCCGACCUCCUAUCUCUAUUUUACCCGAGGAUCCAGAAGAGAAGCGAAAAUCCGUUAUUAAUAAAGUGCUAGAGCAGUUCCCUUAUUUAUCUUCGAAGUAUAGCAAUAAAGAUCAUAAAAAAGAAAAUAUAAGAUUUAUUGUAGAGGGUGAAUGUGAUAGUGAGGACUAUGUCAAUACAAAAAACCUAUCGUCUCAAAUGCUGGGAGGCUUAUCAAAAUUCAAUCCAAAUAGUAACUGUAAAGGCAUAAGAUGUGCCUUGGCACUAGCUUCGCUAUUGAACCAGCAUAAAUCAUUUUCUGCGAUCACAUGGGGCACAUUAUAA